UCCUCCUCUCCUCCUCCUCCCGGGCGUCAUGGCCGCCUCGAAGCCCGUGGAGGUGCCGGGCGGCGGCGGCACCGGCGGGCUGUCGCGAUGGCAGCUGGCGCUGGUCCUGGGCACGCCCAUCCUGCUGGGAGCCGGCGCGGUCUAUCUGUGGGGGCGGCGGGCGGCGCGGCGUGGAAAGGGCGCUAGCGAGCGGAAGACCCCCGAGGGGCGGGCGAGCCCCGGGCCCGGCAGUGAAAGCGGCUCCGGGCAGCCCGACGGGCCCGGACACGAGGAGAUGAGUCCUCUUGGUAGAGCCCAAGCAGCCAAGAACAAAGGAAACAAGUACUUUAAAGCAGGAAAAUAUGAGUUAGCUAUUCAGUGUUAUACUGAGGCUAUCAGCCUGUGUCCUCCUGAGAAAAACCUUGAUCUUUCUACCUUCUAUCAAAACAGAGCUGCUGCCUAUGAACAACUGCAAAAAUGGACAGAAGUGGCACAGGACUGUACAAAGGCUGUUGAGCUCAACCCUAAAUAUGUCAAAGCUCUCUUCAGACGUGCAAAGGCCCAUGAGAAGCUAGACAAUAAGAAGGAAUGUUUAGAAGAUGUCACUGCAGUCUGCAUUUUAGAAGCCUUCCAAAACCAGCAAAGUAUGUUAUUAGCUGAUAAAGUUCUUAAACUCCUUGGAAAAGAAAAAGCCAAAGAGAAGUACAAGAAUCGGGAGCCUCUGAUGCCUUCACCACAGUUCAUUAAAUCCUACUUCAGUUCUUUCACAGAUGAUAUCAUUUCCCAACCUUUGCUUAAGGGUGAGAAAUCAGAUGAAGAUAAGGACAAGGAGGGAGAGGCUUCUGAAGUAAAAGAAAACUCUGGCUAUUUGAGAGCAAAACAAUACAUGGAAGAAGAGAACUAUGACAAAAUUAUCAGUGAAAGCACAAAAGAAAUUGAAGCAAAGGGAAGAUACAUGGCAGAAGCUUUGCUUCUGCGAGCUACUUUCUACUUACUCAUUGGCAAUGCAAGUGCUGCCAAACCAGACCUAGAUCAGGUCAUCAGCAUGGAAGAUGCAAAUGUGAAGCUGCGCGCCAACGCUCUGAUCAAGCGGGGCAGCAUGUACAUGCAGCAGCAGCAGCCCGUGCUGUCCACCCAGGACUUCAACAUGGCUGCUGACAUCGACCCUCAGAAUGCUGAUGUUUACCACCAUCGAGGACAACUGAAAAUCCUGCUUGACCAAAUUGAGGAGGCUGUGGAAGACUUUGAUGAAUGUAUCCGAUUGCGACCCAAUUCUGCCUUGGCGCAAGCACAGAAGUGUUUCGCUCUGUAUCGCCAAGCUUAUACAGGAAGCAAUGCUUUGACUGUGCAAGCAGCCAUGAAAGGCUUUGAAGAUGUCAUAAAAAAUUUUCCCAGGUGUGCUGAGGGCUAUGCUCUCUAUGCUCAGGCACUAACUGAUCAACAGCAGUUUGGCAAGGCUGAUGAAAUGUAUGAUAAAUGCAUUGACCUUGAGCCAGACAAUGCCACUACAUAUGUUCAUAAAGGUUUACUUCAGCUCCAGUGGAAGCAAGAUUUAGACAAAGGAUUAGAACUCAUAAGCAAGGCCAUUGAAAUUGAUAACAAAUGUGAUUUUGCAUACGAGACCAUGGGAACGAUUGAAGUGCAAAGAGGUAAUCUGGAUAAGGCCAUUGAAAUGUUCAACAAAGCUAUCAACCUGGCCAAAUCAGAAAUGGAGAUGGCACACCUCUACUCACUCUGUGAUGCUGCCUAUGCUCAGACAGAAGUUGCAAAGAAGUAUGGAUUGAAACCACCGACACUGUAAAGAAACAAGGAGGAAAUGACCUUCCAAAGUGAAGUUGCCCACUUCAGCCAGCCCUAAAGAUGCUGUUGCAGAACAUGCUCAAUGGUGGAACUUAGUUUUUUCCCGUUCGUGGUGUUGUCAUUUGCUACAUCUGUUAAAUGUUUAGGUGUUGUGGGAGUGGUUGUUCAAGGAAGUAUGCAGUGCUGCAUCUUGUUCCUUCUGCAGCAGAAACCUUAGAGUGUGUUAAGGGAAAUAAAGUUGCAGGGGAACCAAAGGAACAUAUUUUGGCCAUGCAAAUAAAAACUUCACACUGGUUCAUUUUGGGUGAUUAUGUUGUGGGCGAUUUUUGCUUUAUCAAAUAAUAAUACAGCAUGUGGGUUUUUUCCUGUUGAUUUUAAAGGUAAUACUAGUCAGUGCUGUAAAAUAGGUUUUAUAUCCAAUUAAUCCUUGAGGGUUGAUUUUAAUUUUGCAAAAAUUAAUUUUCAAACUUUAAUAAUAGAGGGUUUUUUUUAAGUCAGUAGAUGUGGAGAGGAUACCUGUAAAUAUAUGCAAGCAUGCACAAUCUUCCCUUAAAUCUCCUUCCACCCUCUGCAUAACUUACUUAGAAAUAGUCCUGUGGCAGCUAUUAGGGAAUUAAUUUGAUAGUCCUUAUUCUCACCCCAGAAAGCCCUAGAGUACUACAUAGGAGAGCUAGGAAAAAAGGUUGGCUGGGGAAGGAGGUCAGUAACACUGCUUCAGUGUAGACUUUACUGGAAGAAAGAAUGUAUUCCUGUGCAGCAAUCCUUACUUGAAUGUCAUGGGAAAUUGUUCUGGAGGGCUCAGGGGGACUUUCAAGAACAGAAAGCACUGCUGGGAGUCAAGCUCCAAAAGGUAAGGUCAUGCUUGCAUAUAAUCUUUGUAGACUCUGAUGCUUUUGCAUAAGUGUAGCAGCUGAUAGACUAUCUAAAGUCUCUUCACUCUCUAGAGACUGCUGGGUUAUGAUCUCCUUUUAAGAGCCCCUUGGCAGGAUUGAGAUAAGGAACAAAGCAUAGGCUCAAACUUCCAAUAAUGGAGUUGUAAACUGCACUCAUUUCCUUGUUCUGUAGACCCUGUCUUGUCCAAGAUUUCAGAUACUGUAGAAGGAAGCAAUUGUGCUGCAAACAGCAGAUGGACAAAUUAUGAACAGUUUUCCUUUUUCCUCUCGUUAUGAACUUCACAGAGGGCCCUCUUGCUUUGGGUUGAUCUUUCUGGUGUGGAAGUCAGUCAGUCCAUCUUGCCUUUCCCUGGGCUGAUGUGGCUGGACAAACCUCAUGCAAAUGAUGUAGCUUAAUUUGUGACACAGUAGUUUGGGCUUCUUUCCAUCCUGAAAUCAUAGAUUUGUUCGUGGUGAAUCGUCUGAUGUAUUUAACCUUUAAAGAAGUGACUGAUGCUGUAGUCAAACUGUCUUGGUCUGUAGUUUGCCACCAUACAGCAGCAGCUUGCAUUUUCAACUUGACCUUCCUUUCUCCCAGCAACUACAGUGGAGUAUUCAAAUGGUGGAGAGUAGAGAUAAAGAUUUAAUCAUUAUUUUAGUAGCUCACUAGGUGAUGGGAAAUCAUAGCACUGGUGUAGGAUUGAAGAUAUGGGAAUAUACUGGCAGCUUCUAGGGGCACUGAAUGGAACAAGUGUCAAAUGUCCUCUCCAACUUCCAAUCUCAGCAUCAAUAUCCUGAGAACAAAAAUAUGCCAGGCUGAUGAGUCCUGUUCUCCAAGGAGUUUUUAUUCGCAUGGCCUUAUUUACAUUGGCAUUUUCUCCUCAUCACCCCAUCUGUACCCCUUCCUUACCCGACCCAAUCAAUUAAGGGAAAAAAGCAUGUGCUGUCAAUUACUAGCAUUCCAAAUCAUCACAGACUUUUGCCUGUUCUUCAACUAGUUUGAAACUGCACUGAAAGGAUGCAUUGUCUGUAAUUUUUUUGUAAAUGACAUAUCACCUGUAAACUGAAAAAAUAAAUACUACCUUCAAGUA